UGUAUGCAACCAAACCUCCAUGCUUGCUGGCUGCCACAACGGCUGCAUUGGAUUCGUCUUGCCUACGCUCAAUCCAAGAAUGCGGUGGUAAUCUCCUCUUAUCAGUGAGAUAAGGCUCCCCCCCCCAAUGCGGGCAGGCAGUCCUAGUUGAAGCGCGCAUGGCUCCGAUCACCCCGAUCACUCCGAGUGACUUUGGUGACAAGUCCAGGAAAAAUCUUCUCCAGAUUCUGGAAACGGUACGCUUUACUAAGGGAAGGUGAUGGCAUAUGAGAUCUGACCUGGCUUUGGUUCACGCAGGUCCGAGGCAAGAAGAAUCUCGUGAUAGAAAAGUCACUUGCGGGACCGCUAGGACUUUUCGUCAAAUUCUCAACGUUGCAAGAGUAUGGAGUCGAUCGCGUAUUCUUUCUUGAGAAUGACAACGUCGACUCGUCGCAGAAGAACGUCUUCUUUCUUGCAAGAGGAGAGAAGGCGAAGGUGGUGACGACAGUGGCUGAACAACUCAAGCGAUUAAGACACAAUGGCCAAAUUGAGCACGAGUUCGUGGUCAUUUGGACACCUCGACGAACACUUAUGUCGGAUCAAAUACUUGAGGACACUGGUGUUCUUGGUGAGGCGACGAUUCAUGAAUAUCCUCUGCAAUUUUUGCCGCUAGCUGAGGAUGUACUUUCUCUUGAAUUGAAUACUGCCUUUUCCGACUUAUAUCUCUGGAAGGAUCCCAGCUCAAUAUAUGCAUCGGCAAAAGCACUUAUGCAGCUGCAACAGCAGCAUGGUUUAUUCCCGCGCAUUACUGGCAAAGGUGACAAUGCAAAACGUCUUGCAGAUCUCCUGUUACGAAUGAGAUUAGAGCUCAACGCCGGAGGUAGUGAAGGCGGCUCUCCUUUCGAACUAGCGCCUAGCCAGUCCAUCGAGAGUUUAAUCAUUAUAGACAGAGAAAUCGACUUUCCAACGGUGCUCAUGACACAGCUAACAUACGAAGGUCUUCUCGAUGAAAUAUUCUCGAUAGACUCGAACCACGUUGAGGUUGACUCUACACUGCUGGGCAACACCCCAGCAGCUCAGCCUAGUUCAUCCACCAAUGCUGCUGCGCAGUCUACGAAGCGAAAGGUUCAACUGGAUAACGCAGACCAACUGUACAGUACCCUUCGAGACACGAAUUGCGCCGUUGUUGGACCGAUGCUGAACAAGGUGGCUCGAAAGUUACAAAGUACGUAUGACAGUCGAACAGCUGCAAAGACGACGUCAGAAUUGCGAGAGUUCGUGGCCAAAUUGCCUGGCUACCAAGCUGAGCAAGCGAGUCUGAAGUUGCACACAAGUCUCGCUGAAGAAGUCAUCAAACAAACAAGAUCAGACAUCUUCUCAAGCUUACUCGAGGUGCAACAAAAUAUCGCCGCAGGCGCCGACCCUACUACACAGCAUGAAAUGAUAGAGGAGCUUAUAGCGCGAGAUGUACCCCUUGAAGCUGUGCUUCGCCUUUUGUGCAUCGAGUCUACAUUCAGCAAUGGCAUACGACCACGAGAUUUGGAAACUUUUAAGCGAGCAAUCAUUCAGGGUUAUGGACACCAGCACUUACUCACUCUAGCCUCGUUGGAAAGAAUGGGCCUGCUUAUUCCCCGGAUUGGUGGUGGACUGGUGGGCGCUGCAGCAGGGCCGCUCGGCAAGACCACAAAUUACAAUGCCGUACGGAAAAGCCUACAUUUGAUUGUGGAUGAGGUUAAUGAGUCUGAACCUGAUGAUGUAGCGUAUGUGUUCAGCGGUUAUGCGCCCCUGAGCGUACGUUUGGUGCAGUGUAUACUCCAAAAGCAGUACAUUUCAUCUCUGACCACGAAACGCGGGGCCAACACACCCGUUGCUGCGGCCUCAACAGCUACGCAAGGCUGGCGGCCUUUCGAGGAUGUGGUGAGGCAGAUUCGCGGGGCAACUUUUGACGAGGCACAGUUGGGUGAGGAGAAAGCGGUCAGGGCAAGGCAAAUAUUGAAUGGUUCAGGGACGGCGGAUAGCGGAAAGACUGUAGUUGUAUUCUUUCUGGGGGGUGUCUGCCGCGCUGAGAUCUCAGCGUUACGAUUUGUAGCAAAGCAGCUGAAAGAGGAAGGGAAAGGCAGGAAAUUGCUGAUUUGCACAACUGGUAUUUUGACAGGAGACAGAGUUGUAGGCUCGGCUGUCGAGAGACGAGAUUUUACGAUCUAGAAUUGUAAUAGUAGUUUCAAUAUGGUAUAUACUAGCCACCAUGGCAGAAAAUAUACUCGAGUCUAUGCGCAUACA